UUCCGUCCCUUACCCAUCGAUUGAGAUUCUUCUUCUUCUUCAAUUUCUUCUCAACAUGACGCCAUCAUCGACAACGACACCGCCACCGCCACCGCCACCAACCACCGCCUCCGAAAUCCGCCACUCGAUCCGUCCUUGGUUUGACGACUUCCUCUCCUUAUCUUCCCUCUCUCUCCCAAUCUCCUUUCCCCAACUCUCCCUCCGUAUCCAGAAAAACCUCUACGCCUUCCGCGCCAACUACCUCAUCGUCUCAAUAAUCAUCUUCUUAUUAACCCUAUUUUCCCACCCAAUCACCUUAAUCUCCUUCCUCAUCAUCGUUAUCGCUUGGAUUUACCUUGUUUUUGCUAGGGAUGAGCCUUUGGUUGUUUUCGAUUUUGAAGUCGGCGGUCGGCUGGUUGUGAUCUUGUUAUCCGUGGUUACUGUCGUUGCCCUAGCUGCCACCAGUGUUUGGUGGAACAUUUUUGUGUCGGCCUUGAUCUCGGCACUUGUUGUUUUGUUACACGCGAUUUUGAGGACUCCGGAUGAUGCUGACGACAUGGAAUCACCAUAUGGGGCGUUGCUAUCAGUUGUGGAUGAAGAUGGGCCUGCACGAGGACCAUAUACGCUGGUGUGAUUGGAUGCCCAUGAGUUCCCCAAUUUAUUAGCAUAAUGGAGAUAGAAUGCAAUAUCGUGUUAUGUUCAGAGGACGAUGUUAUGUGGUUUAGAUGUCAGCACCAGAUCCAGAUGCAACGAGGUUGCAUAGUAUGAAACAUCAUUAUGAUACAUAAAACUCCAUUAUAAGCAUUUACGGUAAGAGUCUACACUCUCGUUUACUUUACCGAGUAAGAUUUUAGUUAAUCAAAAUAACAAUAAGUUAUCCGGUAAGCGCUAACUGAGCAACUUAUCAGGUAAAGGAUUCUCAAUCAUUGUCAUCCCUCUUACCGGGUAAGGUAAGUGACUUGAUAAGUACUUACUAGCUAAUUGUUUGAUAAGUAACCUCUAAAUUAAAAUCUCCUACAUCUGAAUCUGAUGUUGUUAGGGUAACGUUUUGAUCCAUUCAAGUUGUGGAAUGGGACCCAUGGACACCAACAACAUCAAUCAAAAUUCUGGAAAUUUGCUGCUUUUAUCCUAAACAAUCAUACCAGCCACCUAUUAUCAGAUUAUCCAUUCUCCAAAGAAAAUCAAGCAAUGAGCCCAUGAGCUUUUCAACAUUAACCUACCAUGCAAUCAUCAACUGCAAACAAAAUUACAAAAACCACAAUAUAUGCAACUCCAAACGACAGAAAGCGAGCAUACGACAAGAACGGGACAAGUAAACCAUUGCUUAGUGUCAUUGAUCUCAAUGACUAGAGAAGCAGAACCACAAAGAAGCUCCUACAACACCAUCAAUGACUAGAAAAGCAUAACACAAAGCAGCUCUUGCAACACCAUCCACCAACAAAUAUUUUCUUUAUUUUCAUACCAUACGCAAAGUAAAACAUACUCGAAAACUUUGAGAUGAAAAGUUAAAUUCACAUGAUUUCAAAACAUCAACCAAUAGGCUAAUCCAAACAAUUUAACACCAUGAAACCCAAGUGAUUUAACAUUAGGCUGUAUCAUAGUUCACAUCAUGAAACCCAAAUAGUUGAACAUCAAGUUAUGGUGAAGGGUGGUGCCCGAUUGGUUUGAGUUUGGGCUGUUAGGACUAAAAUAAUCCUAAGUAUUUGAAAGUUUUAUAAAGUCAAUUAUUUUGUAUUGUAUUGUAAUAUCAUUGUAAUGGGGCUUAAGGGUAUUGAGCUUUCAAUGUAAAUGUCACCUAUAAAUAGGUGACAUGGGCUUAGAAUUAGAGUCAAUUAAGUAGUUCAUUAUUCUACAUUCCAAUGAGAGUCGAUUAGAAAUCUGAGGGAGCUUUGUAUUUUUGUUCAUGUUAAAUAAGA